AUGAAUCUUGGACAAGGUGCCGAUGGGAACGAUCUCUGUCGACCUGUGAACGUCAGUUCCAGUAGGCCUGAAGUUCUUGUGUGGUACGUGCCCGGGGAUGGUGAUACGUGGCAGCACUACGACUGGACCAAGGUAACAACUGUGGCUGUACUGGAUGACAUACACAAUCGUGUGUCGCAGGACCUAGUGUGCUUUGCACACGCACACAGUGUGCGAGUUGUCUACGUUAUACAGUAUGGCUGCUGGGAGGCUGACUGUCCGUGGCUGCAGAACAGCACGGCGAGACAGUCGCUUGUCGCCGCCCUCGUUGCCAAAGUCGAGGCGGAGAAACUUGACGGCGUCAACGUGGACAUCGAGGGACUCAAUGCGUACCAGAGCCAGUUCACGGAGCUCAUUCAUUUGCUGGCGGCAGGAAUCCGUGGUGUGUGUCCUGUGUGUCAACUCUCAUUGGAUAUGCCCUAUAUCCCUAUGCCCGUCUACAGCUUUACCGGCUAUAACUGGUCUGCAUUGGCUGAGGCAGCGGACUUCCUCAUCACCAUGAACUAUGAUAUGAACGACUAUGGCAAGAGUGGCUUUGCGGAUGCCAACAGUCCGCUGUGGGCCACCAAACAAGCCAUGAAUUGCAUUCUCCAGCCAACGUUCGACCAGCACGUGCCGGCAAACAAAAUCGUCAUGGGCUUCCCGUGGUAUGCGUACUACUUCCGCUGCGACAACUCCACGCCGGCCGGCAUGGCGGAAGCAGUCAAGAACCCGUGCUACAGCAGUAAGCCGUUCUCCGAAUCUGCGUCACAGCAUUCGCUGGCUGAUGCGAUACUGAACAGAUUACCUCAUAGCUCCACUGGCCGCUUGUGGGAUAGCAACUCCGAGUGUCCUUACUUUGACUUCAUGGAUGGCACGGCGAGACACCGUGUGUGGUACGAUGACAAGCAGUCGAUAUCUGUGAAGUGCGAGUAUGCAGGGUCAUUAUCCGUGAGGGGGGUAGCCUUUUGGACGGCGAAUGUUGACUACGGUGUACCAAUGCCAUUGUCGCACGAACAGCUGGAGGCAACUAUGUGGAAUUCGAUUUCCUGGCCAAGGUGA